GCCCUUCGCUGGACGGAGCGUGGAGCGCGACUCGGCUCGGCCAGGCUGCAGCACAUCCUGGCAACGCACCUGCUGGCUGGCGAGGGCUGCCCUCGAAACGAGGAAUCCGCCCUCCAUUUGCUUCGGGCCGCAGCUGCCUCGGGCCAUGCGCCGGCGGAGAACAACUUGGGGGUGGUCCUGGCCAGAGGUUUGGGCGGGCCGCCCGCGGUCAGUGAGGCCCAAGGCCACUUCGAGAAAGCGGCGGCCAAGGGAGACGAAAAGGCGAAGCGCAACCUUGAGGUCCUCCGCUCCCAGGGACUGCCCCGGCUGGAGCUCAGCCUGGCACAGCGGGAGAAGCUCAAGGCCCGCUCGGGAAUGGGA